UUGUUGUUGGGUUUGCAGGUGGUUGUGCAUCCUUUAGUGCUUCUAUCAGUAGUGGAUCAUUUCAAUCGUGUCAGCAAAACACAGAAUGUGAAACGUGUAGUUGGUGUGCUGUUGGGCAGUCUGAAACCGAAUCGUACACUUGACAUUGCGAACAGUUUCGCUGUUCCAUUUGAUGAAGAUGAUAAAGAUAAGAAAACAUGGUUCCUCGAUAUGGAUUAUCUGGAGAGUAUGUAUGGAAUGUUCCACAAGGUAUAUAUUCAGUUGCUGCACGUGAGCGAAUCGUCGGAUGGUACCACACUGGACCGAAACUUUGUCAGGUUUGCGUUUCAACUUGCUACUUCCGCUAUCUGA